UUUCUCCUUUCCUAAAGACGGCUGGCAUGACGAAAACGAACUGAAAUGUUGUUUUGCCGUUGGCCAGUCCGUCCUCUCAGUCCACUAGUCCCUAUUCCUCCGAUCAACAAGUCCUUCAGUCUCUCUCACUCUUUGACAAUGGACGCCAACUCCAAAACCAGCGAUGAAGAUGCACCAAAGCAGCCACCGAGCUUCGACUUCCUCACCAGGAAAGCCUACGCCCCUCCUUCCUGGGCCUCCCAUCUCAGCCCCAUCCCCUCUCACGUCUUCUCUCUCGGCCAUCUUCCAACUCCAAUCCACAAAUGGAACCUUCCCAAUUUGCCCAACAACACCGAGGUCUGGUUGAAGCGUGAUGAUCUUUCGGGAAUGCAAUUGAGUGGGAACAAAGUCAGAAAAUUGGAAUUCUUGAUGGCAGAUGCCGUGGCGCAGGGUGCUGACUGUGUCAUCACAAUCGGAGGCAUCCAAAGCAACCACUGCCGUGCAACUGCAGUGGCUGCAAAGUAUCUAAAUCUUGACUGUUUUCUUAUACUACGAACCUCUAAGGUCCUUGUGGACCAAGAUCCUGGAUUGACCGGCAAUCUCCUGGUUGAGCGUUUAGUUGGAGCUCAUAUCAAUCUUAUUUCCAAAGAAGAAUAUGCCAAAAUUGGAAGUGAGUCUCUUACUAAUCUCUUGAAAGAAAAGUUGCUAAAUGAAGGGAGAAGGCCAUAUGUUAUUCCUGUCGGUGGAUCAGACUCCCUAGGGACCUGGGGCUAUAUUGAAGCGAUCCGGGAGAUUGAGCAGCAGCUUCAGACUGGGACUGGCAAAAUAAAAUUUGAUGAUAUUGUUGUAGCAUGUGGCAGCGGGGGUACAAUUGCUGGUCUGUCGUUGGGAUCAUGGCUGAGUACAUUGAAGGCAAAGGUUCAUGCAUUCUCUGUUUGUGAUGACCCCGAUUACUUUUACGACUUUGUUCAAGGCCUACUCAAUGGACUUGAAGCAGGUGUUGACUCACGUGAUAUUGUUAACAUUCAAAAUGCCAAAGGGCUGGGCUAUGCAAUUAACACCUUGGAGGAGCUUAAAUUUGUCAAGGAGGUCGCUGCAGCCACUGGUGUUGUUCUUGAUCCAGUAUACAGUGGGAAAGCUGCUUAUGGGAUGAUAAAAGACAUGGUUGAGGAUCCUAAGAAGUGGGAAGGGAGAAAGGUCCUCUUCAUACACACAGGUGGACUCCUAGGGUUGUUUGACAAAGUUGAGCAGAUGGAUUCAUUUGCAGGGAAUUGGUGUCGAAUGGAUGUCCACGAAAACGUUCCUCGCAAAGAUGGCACUGGAAAAAUGUUCUAGAGAAGCAAAACAAACAUUUCAAGUGCUUUGUACUGAUGCAUGUAAAAUACUCCUAUAUUUACAUUCAUAUAUAAUGGAUCUAUAACGAUUCUGGAGGGAGUACAA